AUGAGACCCCCCUCAAUAGAUGAGCUCGAUGAGCUUUCCUUCAUGGAAGCCAAAUCCAGUGGAGGAGGAAGAGUCAUUGGAGAAGGUGAGGGAAUAGGUGGGAUCGAUCGGCAAGGAAAGGAGACAGAUGGGGGAGGUGGCUGGGAUGGCUCAAGGUGGUUGAGUGGUGUGGUGGCUGCUUGA